AUGUAUGGGGCUCACUCUUCCGGUAGCAGCCACGAUGCUGGUCAGCCCAGCUUCGAGCAUAAAGAAAAGCCCAAAACCCGUCACAUCUACGAUGUCGAAGGACUGGACCGCAGCAAGCUGAAUGCAAUCUUUGAGAAUCCACUCGCUGGUGUUCCUCGCGACGAGCUCUUUGAAGAUGUCGACCGAUUCUGCCAGAACCAUGGCCUGAUGGAGUACAAGGAGCUUUUCCGUAAAGGUGCACUUAUCUCGCAAAAUCCGGCAGUGGCUGAAACAUUGCCCGAGUUGACUGAGGAGGAACGCGAGGCUUUACAGCGCGAGACAACUCACAAAUGGUCACAGCCUUGGAUGCUGUACUUCAUGACGACGAUGUGCUCCAUGGCCGCAGCCGUGCAGGGUAUGGACGAGACCGCCAACAACGGUGCAGUCGUUAUCUAUCCUAGGCUACUCGGUAUCGAAUCUCCCCGAUUCUCUGAUAUGAUGCAAGACUAUAUCACCGGUCUCGUCGUCGGCGCCCCGUACCUAGCCUGCGCAAUCAUCGGCUGCUGGCUGACCGAGCCGAUGAAUCGAUACUUUGCGCGACGAGGAACGAUCUUCAUCUCCUGUGUUAUCGCCGCCGUGGCCUCCGUCUGGGAAGGUGUAGCCAACUCCUGGGUCAACCUCUUCCUUGCCCGCUUUGUUCUCGGCCUCGGCAUUGGUUCCAAGUCCUCAACAGUGCCGGUCUAUGCGGCCGAGUGUUCACCGGCACCUAUUCGCGGCGCGCUGGUCAUGCAGUGGCAAAUGUGGACGGCAUUCGGAAUCAUGUUGGGCAACAUCAUGGGCGUCGCAUUCAUGGGCGUGGAGGAAGACCUAAGCUGGCGGCUUAUGCUCGGUAGCACCGUGGUUCUCCCAAUCAUCGUUUGCUUCCAGGUCUACUUCUGCCCGGAAUCACCCCGCUGGCUGAUUGAGCACAACAAGAUACCCAAGGCCUUCAAGUCCUUCCGCGUUCUGCGCAACACCGACCUCCAAGCCGCCCGCGAUCUGUACUACGCGUAUGUUGGCGUCCAACUCGAGCGCGAGAUCAACAAAGGGAAGAACUUCUUCACCAUGUUCCUAGAGCUAUUCACUGUCCCGCGUAAUCGGCGCGCCACGCUAGCCAGCUGGAUCGUCAUGUUUUUGCAGCAGUUCUGCGGCGUGAACGUGAUUGCUUACUACUCUACCAGCAUAUUUUUGAAUUCGGGAUACACGGUACAAGAAGCCCUGCUUGCGUCUAUGGGGACGGGCAUUUUGAACUGGGUUUUUGCCAUCCCGGCCUUUCUCACCAUAGACACAUGGGGCCGACGGAACCUCUUGCUCUUCACAUUCCCGUUUCUUUCCAUAUGGCUCCUGUGGGCGGGUUUCUCGUUUUGGAUCGAGUCGAACAUCCCCACUAGUCGUAAACGAGUGGCCAUGGUCACGACGGGAAUGUACCUCUUCGAGGUCUUUUACUCGCCUGGCGAGGGGCCCGUGCCGUUUACCUACUCCGCCGAGGCGUUCCCGCUGCAUGUCCGGGAGGUCGGCAUGUCUUGGGCGACAGCCACAACGUGGUGCUUCAAUUUCAUUCUGUCAUUUACUUGGCCGAUGCUGGAGCGGGCGUUUAAACCGCAGGGUGCAUUCGGCUGGUACGCCGCUUGGUGUUUGAUUGGAUGGUGGCUGGUUUUGCUGUUUGUGCCAGAAACAAAAGGUACCUCCAUCACCAUUACUGACCUUAUCCUCACAAAUGAGUACAUUCUGACACACUUAGAACUCACCCUUGAGGAACUCGACCGCGUCUUCUCGGUGAAAACGCGCCGCCACGCAAGGUACCAGCUCCGAAACGCCGUCUGGCAUUUCCGCACCUGGGUGCUUCGGCACAAACUCGAGCCGAUGCCUAAAUUGUAUGAGGAGCCGGAUUCGCCGACCACGCCGUCACCACCGGAUGUGGAGGUGGAGCCCAAAGUGCGCUCAGAGAAUGUGGAGAAUGUCGGUGCAUAG